GAUGCCAACAGCGAAAAGAAUCUUUCUUAAUUUUGAUGAUAGCUCUCCUAAUAAAUUUGGUAGUCAGACUACUUCCAGGUCAACGUCCAGAUUCAUAGCUACGUUUAUGUUGAGGCUCUUUGUUCAUAGUUGAAAUGCUCAUGUAUUUCCAUUUCUCCUUUUGUGUAAAGAUGGGAAGCAAAUUUAAGCAAGGCACGUUUGAUGAGUACGCGGAAAGAUCUCUUGCUACUUGGGUUAUGAUGAACAGAGGUGAAGCAACCACAAGCAACCCCACUGCAAUUAGGAUGACAACAGAGUAGGCUUCGUUGAUUUGCCAAAGUUCGCCUGAGUUGAGACGUUUGCCACCACGUACAGGGACUGUACCAGCCCAAACAACGAUAAGAUUGUAUAGCUUUUACGAAAAGAAUGAGAGGGAGAGCGAGAGUGACAGCGAGAGAGCGAACAAGCUUUACGAGGAACGAUCGAUGGAGUGCAAAGGACAGGUGGACAGCACGAAGCAGGACCAGAUCUGGAUAUCAGAGGCAAAUAACUUUCCAGAAGACUGGAGUUUUGAACAAAUGUGGCAAACUUUUAAGAAGUAUGGUAGGAUCUUGGAGAUUCACUGCCCAGAUAGAAGAGGGAAGGAUGGCCGACGGUUCGGGUUUGUUAGAUUUCAGGAUGUCAAGGAUGAAGGAGACCUGGAACGAAAGCUAAAGCAAAUAAAGAUUGGCUACUUGAAUCUGGUGGUGAACAAACCGAGAUUCAAAAAAGGGGAGACUGCAGGAAGCGUUGCUACUAGGGAACAGAAACAGAGGAAUGAGGCAAGACCAUCAGAACAAGACAGGAGAGUAAGGAGUGAAUGGCGAGUCCGUAAGAGGGAUGAAUUAUGGACUGGUUUGGAAUUCAGCUUUGAUCGAGAAGAGUAUGCAUGGCUUGAUGGGUGCUAUGUUGGGAAAGUCUAUUCAAUUGAGACGAUUCCUUCUCUCCAGGAAAGGGUCUUUAUGAAAGGGGUGUUCUCAUGUCGUGUUCAAGCCAUUGGUGGAAAGCUAGUGUUACUGGAUAAUGAGGAUAAGGAGGAAUUAGGUGAUCUGAUUGCUUCUGGCCAGGACUGAUUAAGUCAGUGGUUUGAAGAAAUUAGAGAAUGGUCCCCAAGCAUGGUAGCUACGGAACGCUUUGUAUGGUUAAAGAUCUAGGGUGUUCCUCUCCAUAGCUGGAAUUCAGUGCUAUUC